AUGUGUUAUUAUCCAUUUUUCUCUGGAACCGAUUUGCCGGAUGAUGAUUACAGAACGUUGAUGCCUCCACCGAAGAAAAUCAAUGUGAAUACUCGAAAUUCUUCAGCAAUACCGAUUAUUAUCGAAAAUAAAGAAAACGAUCCCGGACGGGAAAGAAGCCAAACUUUGAACCAGAAGAAUCUCAAUCAACGUAAAACAACAAUUACUGCGAUAACCCGACGGUGUUCAACUAUUGACAAUGACCCUGUAGAUCAAGUACAAUCAGCUCCUGCAUCACCAACUUUGCAACAUCAUGCCAAAUCGCGAAUCAGUCAUAAUCAUAUUUCAUUAGAUCCACCGGAUAGUGAUACGAAAUCUGCUUCGAGUGAUGGUUCCGCCUUGGCAAUCAAUGGUCCGGUAAAUAGUUUAUCUUGGGGCACAUUGGAAGUUCGGUUGAAAUUGGAUGCUAAAAAUAAUCGUAUGUGGGUUUUUGUCAUUAAAGCAACGUUAGAAAUGAUACAAAAUCCUUCGAAACAAAUCCUUGUUCAAGUACAUUUAACUGUCCUACCAAGUAAACGCGUCCGAUAUCGUACACGGGUUAAACCGAUCGAUAAUGCCAUGUUUGCUGAGGAAUUCUUUUGCAAAGUGUCACCUGAGACAAUUCAAAGCCAAGGUAUUCGAUUCCGUCUGUACUCAUACGAACGAUUCAAACGUGAAAAACUCCUGGCAGAAGCCUCAGUUAUGUUUGCAAUGGUCAAUCUCGAUGAGGAUAUGUGUAAAAUAAUUCCUUUGGAACGAGCUUUUCCUUCACAAGAUUCUGAUAUUGGAAGUCGUUCUCAUGCCAGUAGUGCUUCUCAAUCACGACAAAAUUCCUUUAUUCGUAAUGGUGAUAGUUCAACGAACUCGCUUGUACCUGAAUUGGAAAUCGGUUUAGCUUAUGACCGUAAUCAAGCGAUGCUCAUACUUGAAAUUGGAAAAGGAAUUAACUUUGGUAUGAAUGCACAUGGUCGAGCUCCUGAUACUUGCGUACAAAUUACAUUACGAAAUGCAAGUGGAGAAGAUAUCACGACCAAUCAAACGGUGAUUCGCCAUACUCAACAUCAUCCCGUUUUUGCUGAACGUUAUCCAUUUAACAUUCAAGAGAAUUUUCUCGAACAAAUCACAAUUGUCAUAGUUGUUCUCAGUCAUAACACGAGUGGUCCUGCUCAAAGUUCACAUUGGGAAGCAAUGCUUGCAGGUAAAGGUGACACGAUCACGCGUUGGCAUACUUUAAUCGAAAAAUAA